AUGGGCGCAAACAACAUCCUGUUGGACUUGUACUACGAAUACUUUCAUUGCAGCCAUCCAUUUGUACUACCGAGGUCCAAUCUUCAAGCGAAGCUAGCGUCGGAAUGGCCCAGCCUACGGGCGCUGCUCGCGGUCAUGCAAUAUAUCGGUUCAUCUUACGCCUCCGGGGAGUCGUCCCUGAGAAGAGAGUGCAUGCCGGACGAGGAAAAUGUUGACGUGGUGGACGGGUUCGUAGUUCAAACGACGCUGUUAUUAGCAUUAGCCAAGAGCAUGUGCGCUGAGCGGGCUGCCUCCGAAGUGCUUCUGGCAAGGGCCAUCGAGCAAGCCAGGCUGAUCGGCAUGCACACCAAGGAUUUUGCCGAUGUCGCCGCCGCAAACGACCCUGUGCUCGCCGAGAGCUGGAGGCGGACAUGGUGGAUGCUUUACUUAGCCGACCUGAACUUUUCCGUAAUCCGCUACGACUUCAUUACAUCGAUCCAUGAUACCAAUCACGAUGUCGACCUACCUUGUGAUGACCUCGACUACUGCGCUACGGAUAUCUCACGAACCACAGCCUCCUCCGCCGAUUACCGAAACCAAGAGUACGCGCUGGAGACCACGCGCUUCUCAUCAUUUGCAUAUCUUAUCGAUGCAACGCGCAUUUUUGUCUGCUCAUUGAGAGUAGCAACUCAAUAUGAAACCCCAUCGAAGGCGGAACUUCUCUGUAGCGACUUGGAGGCUUCUAUCGUCGGCUGGUUCGUCAUGCUUCCGCCCGAUAAAUGGGAGCUUUCCGUACAGCCUGAUCUCCUAGAUCAGCUCAUGUUCCAAGCUCACAUGAUGAUGUACACAGCUAUGGCGUAUAUCCAUCGGCCAUUGUCGAACCUUCAAUACGAUCCCGCGGAAGACUUCUCAAGCUGUGGCUCACCUCCACGACCUCUAAUCCCCAGCACGAUAACUACCGGUGCGUUCAAUCAUAGAACUCACUCGGAGAAGCUAUUCCAAGCCGUCCGCAAUCAAAAUCAGUGCUUGAUCCUGCUGCCGCUAGGUGCCGCCCAGCUUUCACCCUUUCUCAUUUGCAUGAUAUCAUGCUGCACUAUUGCCUACCUGGUCGCCUGCAAGUCGAGAUUCACACCGGAUGAGGUCGAGGUGGCACGGUCGCGUAUACGAGUCUGCCUGGGUACGCUUAAGCACUACGAAAAUAUCUGGCCUAGAGCCAAGAACAUCUUGCAUGAGCUGCGAGUUAUAGCCAAUGCUCUUAUGCGAGAGGAUGACGUCCCUCGGGCUCCAAGUACCGGGUUUGAUCUGCUCGAAGAACAGGAUACCAUGGUUGCCAAUAUAUUCGACGGAGAGUGGUUUCAUGCACUAGGAAGCAUGACCUGA